UGUCACAAUCAAGCAAAGGAAUCACAUUUCACAGAAUGUCUCAGAGGAACUCCCUGACGUCCUGCACAGCAGCCCUGCUCUUCCUCCUGCCCUGGUUUGGUGGUCUGACUGUCGGAGAGGUCAGCAACAACUUCUGUCAGUGCCUUGACUUCUUCUACAACAGAACUCCUCCAAGGGGUCUUAAGAAAGCAGAGUAUCAGCCAAUAUGCCAGCGCUACAAGGACAGAUAUCGCUUUGCCAGCCUGUAUCGCCGUCAGCAUCGGGCUCCUUUGUUCUCUGCCUACAAACUGAGUCCUGCGGACGGGAGGCGGCCGAAAAGCGGUUGGAUGUAUGAACCACAGUUGGCGUUUUCCCGUGCCUGUCCUGAAAUGAGACAUUUUAGUGAAAUCGUUGAUCAGAAUGUGAUUGAAAGCCAAGCGGUCCACCAAGACUACAGGAACUCCGGCUUCUCCAGAGGUCACCUCUGUCCCAGUUUGCACCAGAGGACGAUGGAAGACAGAGAGUCCACUUUUACUCUGACAAACAUAGUGCCUCAGCAGAUCGGCUCCAACUCUGGCACAUGGAACAUGCUGGAGAACGAGGUGUUGGAGAGGUACAAAAAAUUCUGCAUCGGGCCAAUGUACGUAAUCACUGGUGUCAUGCCUUACGAAUCAGAGACGCACUGGGUCAAUAACAGAGUUUCUGUUCCUGAGUACAUGUGGUCUGCUUACUGCUGCCCCGUAUUCAAAACGAACCUCCUCAAGGGGAUGAAGCAGCUCUUUCCUUCAUAUGCUGCAGUGGGAAGAAAUGAUCCCAGCAGCGGACAGGAGAUUGUGCCUGUUAAUAAUAAAGUGAAGCCUUCUCUACGAGGCUAUGAUGUGAAGCAGAUGACCUUGGAGACUUUGGAGGGCAUCCUGUCCCGGAGGCUGAAUGUUUCUGUCACCCUGUUUGAUGGGAACUGUCAAAACACUUAUAUAAAAUCCUCUAUAUAAGGGUUUUAUUACUUGCUGUUGAGAUCAUUCAUGCCACUUUGUAAACAUUUUUUAAUAAUGCAUUUCAUAAAUCCAGCGUUUUUCCAACAAACCCCGUCUUUGAAGAAAAUAAUUUUGAAAAUGUUGUAAUUGUAGUCAAAAUAAAUUUGUUAUUUAUUUACGUUACGUUAAAAUAAAUAGUAGAGGAAUAACCAUAAACCUUUCAGGCUAUUUAUUAUAACAAUA